AUGGGCACCCCAGAUAGAGAAUGCUACAUUGAGACUGUGGCUGAGUACCUCUUGGAUGUGAGAAGCACAGAGGACCUGCAGCUCCUGCUGACAGAAGAGGAAGCCUGGAAACAGUUUGUGGCAGAAGUUGAUUUGUCCAGGGAAGAGGAAGCUGCCGUGCGAGAAGCUCUUGCUGAGAUCUUUGCAGGUCCUGAUGGAGAAGAUGAAGAUGAGCUCCAAAAUGACAAGACCCAAAGGUACUCAGCCAAAGACCCAGGCAUGAAAGAAGUUUUGGAUCAGAGUGGCCCCAGACUUCUUUCCUUAUCCAUGAAUUCCUUCAAGAAACUGAAAAACAUCAAGGAUAAUAUUCGUGCCAUCAAACUGAUCAAAGCCAACCCUAGCCUAGUAACUAAUACCAAGCGUCUCAUGACCACAGGAAAGACAUCAACCGAAACCACUAAACAGGUGAAGGAAGCCUUUGGAGGUACCGCUCUGGCAAUGAGCAAAGGAACCCAGAUCAUGGGUGCAGCCGUCACAGGUUUAUUCCUCCUGCUGGAUAUGGUCAGCCUUGUAGGAGAUUCAAAGCAUUUGCGUGAAGGAGCAAAGGCUGAGUCUGCUGCAGAACUUCGGCAUCAGGCUCAGGACCUGGAGCAGAAGUUGCAGGAGCUCAUCCGGGUCCAUGACAGCCUGAUUCAGUGA